GAGUAGCGCCGAGAGCUAAAAUGAAUCAACAACGUAAUAGGAGGUUUAAAAAUGCUAAUGAAGAAUCGAACAAUGGAUUCGAUAAAAAUUCAAUCACACCAGGAACGAAAUUUAUGGAGGAUCUUUCUAAGUCUUUUAAAGAAUUUAUUAGUGAUAAAAUUAAAAAUGAUGACAAGUGGAAGAGCGUAAAAGUUAUAUACUCUGGUUAUGAUGUGCCAGGUGAAGGGGAGCAUAAAAUAAUAAAUGAUAUUCGUAAUUCUAAUUGCAAGAAACAUUGUAUAUAUGGAAGGGAUUCAGAUUUAAUUUUAUUAGGGCUUCUAUUAUGUGGAUCAAAUCCUAACCUUAACAUUAGAAUAAUUAGUACUGAAGAAUUUACGUUUGAAGAAAAAUCGAAAGUUUUUGAACUGAAAUUGUUAUCAACUUUACGAAAAAAUUUAGAACAAGAGUUUAAAGGAUUUAAUAUUAAAGAAUUUAAUAUUAAAAGCAUAAUAAAAGAUUUUCUUUUAUUGGUACUUUUUGUUGGUAAUGAUUUUAUACCAAAACUAUCCAAUAUCAACAUUAACAAUAAAGGGCUUGAUUUGAUUAUUUUGAUUUAUAAAGAGGUGUUAAACAAAAACGGUUAUAUUAAUAAAGAUAAAGGCUUGAAUAUUAAAGGGCUUGAGAUGAUUUUCGAGAAAUUGAGCGUUAUUGAAAGAGGAUGCAGUAUUGAUGAUUAUUUAAAUUCGUUUGAAACGCAACAACAAGAUGAACUUAAUAAUAGAUUUCCUAAAUUGCAAACGAUUAAAGAGGACAAAGAUCAGAAAAUUUUAAUUAAGAAAUAUAUUAAAGGAUUAUAUUGGGUAAUUGCUUAUUAUAAUGGUAUACAAAAAUCUUAUAGAUGGUUUUAUCCUCGAUGCAAAAGUCUUUUACCCGAUGCAUAUCAGGACUUAAUGAAUGAUCCUAGAAUUAAAGAAUAUUAUCCUAUAAAUUCCGAUAAUAACCUUUCAUUCAUUAAUGAAGAAAGAUUAUUAUCUGUACUGGAAUUCGCAGAAAAUAAAUUGACUGAAGAAGAAAAAUGGAGAAACAAAUUUAGAGUUCCUCUCUCUUACAAUACUGAAAUAUGA